AUGCAAAACAAACGCUUUGUGGAUACCGACUUGAACCGGCAGUUUACCUACGACGCCUUGCAAGACAGUGACGCCAAUAAUGAAAAUAAUAGUUGGGAAGCCAAACGAGCAAAGGAAAUCAACGAACUAUUGGGCCCCAAACAAUUUGAUGAUGAUUCCGAAAGCAGUACAACAGGGAAGAAGAAGAAAGCAGACUCGGAUGUCAUUAUUGAUUUGCACACGACUACCACUAACAUGGGAACGACAUUGAUUGUGGGAGCGGGAGACCCGCUCAUGACGCAAUGCGCCGCGUACAUUCGGGCCAAGUGUGGUGUGGACAAUGUCAAAAUUCUGAUGCACACACACGAACGACAACACGAUCGACCACAAUUAUCGUCCAUUGCAUCCUCAUACAUGUCCAUUGAAGUUGGUCCAGUACCCCAAGGUGUCUUACGACAUGAUGUAGUGGAGAAAACUCAAGCGGCCUUGGAAGCGGCCUUUUGCUUUUUGGACAAAUGCCAAUGUGAAAAGUCAAACGAAGUGUUGCAACAGGAAUUGAAGGAGUAUUAUCCAAAUGGUCAGGUUCCUUGCUAUCGAUCCGCCCCAUCCCAACGAGAAGGCGAGAUGAGUUCCAAGAUUCCAUGGCCCUGCGAUCCAGACAAUGAGAACUUUCCAAGUUGGAUGGUCCACAAGAAUGUGCAAGAUCAAGAUUUUGCUUUAAUACACAAGGGAGACCCAUUGUUUGUCGACUUGGACGGAACUGUGAUCCAAUACGAUGGAUCCCAUGGCUCACCUGUCCGACUCAUGUUUAUCAACGAAGGAGGAUACUACUAUGCCAGUUCUGGCACUGGAAUUAGUGUCGCACAAUUGGACCAUUUCCAUUUGGAGUCUGGGGAAUUGAUCUAA